AUGGGUAAUAAAAAUAUGUAGGAAAAAAAUGAUAGUUAAUAACAAUUUUAAUAUGAGAAUUUGGAAGGAUGCUAAAUAACAUAAGAAGAAAAGUGUUUUGCUUUAGCGUUUAAUCGGAAUUGUUCAUGUCUAGUUGCAGGAUCUGAUUUUAAUAUUAAAGUAUUUAAAUUUGAUUAUGAAACAUUGCAACAAACAUAACUGCUAAUUGGUCAUUAAGGUUAUAUAUAAACUUUAAAUUUCAUGAAAUAGACUAAUUAAAGAUUUAUAUCUGGAAGCUGUGAUAGCUUAAUAAUAAUAUGGGAAUUAAAUAUUUUGAAUAGUCUUUGGUACAAGAAAUAAACACUGAAUUAUCACAUUCAUUCAAUUACUUGCUUAAUAAUCGACAAAAAUGAAGACUUUUUCUUUUCAGGUAGUUGUGAUAAAACAAUUAAGCUAUAAGUUAUGAAUCAUAAUUAAGAAUGGUUUUGUAAAUAAAGUAUAAUUGAACAUUCUAGUUAUAUUAAUGGAUUAAGUUUAAAUAACGAUUAAAAUAAAUUAAUUACAUGUGGUUAAGAUUAGAAAAUAUUGAUUAUAUAAAAUAUUGAUGAUAAUUGGAUUGUAAUCUAAAAAAUAGAAUAAUAUGGAUUAAGAUUGUGCUUUAUUUUUGAUGACUUCUUUACUUUUCAACCUAAUGGUAAUGUUAUGUAUACUUAUUAACUGGAAUCAAAUUCAUAAAUUGUUAAUUUUAAGUAAAGAAAAAUAAAUUUAAAACGAGGAGGUUGUGUUUGCACUAUUCUUUUUCCUUGUUAAUUUAUAUAAUCGAAAUCACUUUUGGUGAACAAAAAUGGAGGAUAUGUUCAUUUUGUGAAAAUAUUCGAUUAAAAUACAUAUUAAAAGAUGUAAACAAUAAAUUUUGGGACAUAUUAAGUCUUCGGAGAAAUUAGUUCAGAUGGUUAAUAUUUUGUUUCUUGGGACGAUUUAUCAAAUCAAAUUUAAAUUAAAAAAUAUAUUGAAUAGUGA